UUGGCGUCAAUUCAAUGUAAACUUCAAUGACUUUAGUGACGCCAUCUGUGGUCACAAUCAGUGAUUGAGUCGAGCAUUGGAUUCAAUAAAUAGAUAAAACAAAAACAAACGAUUGUUUUCAUUAAAUUAUUUACAAUUGUCUUUCAAAGUGAUCGUUGAUUUUGUUUUUGAUUGAUCACCGCUUGGGAUCAAGUGUUGCGACAAACAAACAGACAGACAUCAUGAGUGGCACUCUCGAGGUUAAGCCUAAUCACACCAUUUAUAUCAAUAAUUUGAAUGAAAAGAUCAAAAAAGAGGAGCUCAAGAAGUCAUUGCACGCGAUAUUCUCACAGUUCGGACAAAUACUAGACAUUGUGGCCCUCAAGACAUUUAAGAUGAAGGGACAGGCGUUUGUCAUUUUCAAUGACAUUCAGUCGGCAUCACAAGCCCUCCGAUCGAUGCAAAACUUUCCCUUUUAUGACAAACCAAUGAGGAUCGCCUACUCGAAGACAGACAGUGAUGUCAUUUGCAAAAUCAAGGGAACGUAUGUCGAGAGACCAAAACUGCCGCGAAGUGAGGAACCAAAGAAAAAGAAGAAGGAAAAGAAGGCCAACACUACUAGUGCUCAAAACGGAAUGACCGCUCAGGGAAUACCACACUCAGCACUGGCCGAACAGCCGCCCAAUAACAUCCUAUUCUUAACUAAUUUACCCGAAGAAACCAACGAAUUGAUGUUACAGAUGUUGUUCAAUCAGUUUCCGGGUUUCAAAGAGGUUCGACUCGUUCCCGGACGACAUGACAUCGCUUUUGUCGAGUUUGACAAUGAGUUCCAAUCCGGUAAUGCAAAGGACGCGUUACAGGGCUUCAAAGUGACGCCAACUCAUGCCAUCAAAAUCACUUUCGCCAAGAAAUAGAAAUAAAUCAUCAAAUUUCACACAAAAAAAGAUAUUUUAAAUUCAAUAAUAUUUAUCUUAUUAUUCAAAUCAAUAUUAAUUAAUUAAGUGACGAAUAUUUCUUCA